CUCUACACAAGACUUACUAAAUAAACAUGGAAAGAAAUAUGUAUACAGUUGUAAAUAAAUCUAUCAGCCCUGUUUGUCUAGGAUUUCAGAUAACGAGGGUUAACCACGUUCAAUUGAAGCACCAUAAUAUACUCAGAUCUGUUCCACAAGGGACACUUCAAGCUCGUAACAUUCAUUUCUUCCGCUCUUAGGACCUUGGGUAACUGUCGUAAAUGGACAAACCGUGGAACUUAACUAUCCCUGGUGAUUUUAAACGGUAUCUUGAAGAACUUCGUCCAACUAAGUCCACAACUGAACAACUCAAUGGUGCUCUUGAAGGACUCAUUGAAAAAUUAAAGAAAAUUAUGUCUGUAGCCAUCGGACGAGUAGGAAUGGCUGGCUCGUGGGGUAAAGCUACAUCGACACAGGAUGACAUUCAUGUUAAUCUGCUUUUGUACGUCACUGACCUUCGUGCAAUUGAAGACCACUCGAAACAAUUACCAUCUCUUUUGAAUGAAAUACGUGAAUAUCUAAAGAAAGACAACUACAUAGUAAUGAGAGAUAUAGCCGACACCCAGCAAUAUGUACCUAUCUAUUUACCUACAUCUGAUGGUAUGGUAACUUGCAAUAUUUAUCCUACUGUCGAUUUGCUCGGGUCUAACCCAAGCCAGGCAAACGUUUGUACAUUUUACCGCAAGUUGUUGACAGUUUCUGAGAGAUCUCCGUACAAUGCAACCAUCCUCGAAAUACAAUCCAAAUUAAUUAAGGAUACGCCAGACAACUUACACGACCUCUUGCGAGUGGUGAAAGUGUGGCAGACAACGAAACUCGCGCUGCGAGGAGGUGCACCUAAACCCGAAUUCUUCGAACUCAUAACUCUGCAUUGCUGGUGCAAAGCAGGAUCUCCACUGACGUUUGAUGUUCGGAAAGGACUUAUAGAUGUAUUAGGAACACUAGGUGACUGGUCAGGGAUACUUGUGAUUUGGGGAGGAACUUCCCUUGGGCGAUAUGAUAGAACGUCUAUGGAAGAAGCGGCAAAGCAUAUGGGUAUUUGUUUUGACGAUACACCAAUAGUUAUGGAUCCCGUUGAUCCGUAUUUAAACUAUUGCAGCGGAAUUCGGAGGCUAGUUUGGGAAGAGACGGCUCGCAUUGCCAGAGAAACUAUCGAUCAUCCAUUAUUAAAUGAAAUUAAAAUUACAACAGAUUGGCACUGAAAAUGGACUCGAAAUUAGUGUUUUGGCAGCUGUGACCUAAAGAAUCAUCCUGAUGAGAUGAAUUUGGUGUAAUUUUUAUCGUUUGGAAUGAAAACUAUAAUAUUAUCUUUGUUAAACGUAAGAUGUAUAAUAUAUUUACGUUCUAUAACACUUAAGCGCCUGGGCCAUCUGAGCCCUAUGUCCAACCGUACCACCACCCCACACCACUCACCCUUCGGCAAAUGCUGGCUACGGCCCUGUUACAUUUGCAGAAUAUAAUGUGUCACGAAACAAAGAAUAUAUUAUUUCUCAUUUCCUUUAAAUUAUCAAAACCACAUAUAACGUGUGAAUUGGUUCUAGUCACGUGUUUUCACAAUUGAAUAAGGAAUGUGUCUGUUCUUUUGUUGAAAAAAAAACAUUGUUUUCCGGUUUGCUGACGUUAUAAUUAUUUUCUGUUUCGUUUCACGUAGAGUAUAGGGCUAAACUUUAUGUAGCCGAGAAACCUUAUACAUAAAUGUUAUCAUGUAUUCUGUAAAGUAUU